GUCCUGCAUCUGAGGAUGAAGGUGAAGAGGAGUCAUCUAAUCAAGCUGAAGAGGGAGAAGAAGAAGAAGAGGAGGAGGAAGCGGAAGACGAAGUGGAAGACUCUGGUAGUGAGGUGGAGAUCAUUGAUGAGGUUCAGGGUAACGGGAGGCCGCCGCUGCUUCAGCCCGGCUCGGUCCUCAUGCAGCAGGAAAACGCCCACUUUCUGCAGGAUCUGUCAGAGCAGCAAGCCGCUGAGUUCUCUCUGAUCGCACCUGGUGCAGAGAUGAAGAUCGUAGGAGGACGACAUCGAAGGCGAGGUUGUGAUGGUGAGACUCGACGGAGACGAUGUAGGGAUGGAGCUGGACGCCAACACAGAGCCAGCAUCAUCAUCAUCGUCAUACAUGGAGCUCAAACCUUCCACCACUCUGCUGGUUCCCUUCGAGUUCAUGGAGGGACAGGAGGGCCUGGUGGGCGCCGCCGACCUCGCUCUUCCUGAGCUGCAGCCGGGCGCUGCGGCCGAAGAGCAGCAGCCGGAGAUUCACACUGGCUUCACGCUGAUGCUGGACACGGAAGAAGACGGAGUCAAGGAGGCAGAGGCGGCUGUGGAGAAUGAUCUGCACCCGUCGGAGCUCCCUGAGCCGCUGCAGAUGGAGAGGGAAGAUCUAUUUGACAAACCUGACAUCAUUCCUUUGGACAUGGAUAACAGGGAAGAAGCUCCAUCAGAAGGAGAGGGCACGGCGACGGAAAACCUGGAUCAAAAUGAUGAUCGUGGACUUGAGGAAGAAGAGCUUGGAGAUUCCCAAAUUGAUCUGCAGACUGAAUCUACUGCAGAAAAACAGGAGACAGAAGACUCUGCAGAGAUAAAAGCUGCAAAGGUAGAAGAAAUUAGAUUAUCUGAAGAUCAGGAAGCUCCUUCUGUAUCGGUUCCAGAAGAACCUCCAGCUGCUGUGAACGAUGCCGACUCUGCUGAAAGAAUAGAAGCUGUUGAGGGAAAACCAAUCCCUACUGAGGAGGUGCAGCUGCCUGAGGGGAACGGGUCUGUUCCUACAGAGAUGGAAAAAACUGAGUCUGCUGUUGAAGACAAGAAACUUGAGCGCACAGCAUCAUCAGACACCGAAGUUGGACAUGAGGAUGAAACGGAGGAAAAACCCAGGAGACAACUGAGGCAUAAAAACGUUGCAGAGGAACCUUUGGAGAACAUCGUUUGCUCAGAAAGUCAAACUGCGAAACAAACGACAGCCUCUCAGGGGAAGAAAGCUCCUUCUACUCCAUCCCGGAGGAUGACAAGAGGAAGAAAAGAGGAGACUUUUAUCUCUCCAGAGGCAGUGAGCGAGCAAGAGCACGAUGGAAACACAGAGUUGACAAAAACUAGCAACGACGUUCCUCGUUCUCCGAGGAGAGGCAAACCGCUCCAAAUCGUCACACCUCGUAGAAGUACUCGCAAAAGUCAGCCGGUAAUUCCUAAAGAGGCGCCUGAAAACAUGGAUUAUGAGAUUUCUAUGGCUUCAACCUCCAAGAGGGCUUCGCCAGGCAGACGAUCGCAGAGAGCUGCUGCAAUAAGAACCAGCAGCGAGGAAGUAUCUGCGGCCGCAGACGUGGAAAUCAAAGAGGACAGCCAAGAGGAUAAGGCUGUGGAAACGAUAAGAGGUCGCAGAAACAGCAACAAGACUCAAACUCCUUCUAAACUCAGGAUGACUCAGGCCAGCACCCCCAGGAGGUCCAGCAGAAAGACGAGUAAUACCAACGAGGAAGAGCUGACCCCUGUGACGGUCCAGGAGGAGCCCGUCUCUCCUCUAAAAUGCAGCGGCAAACAAAUUAGACCACAGAUGCUGCCAGUCGUGUUUGAAGAAGACGAAGGAGAACAGAAAGAGGAAGAGAAAAAGCAGCAACUUUCCCAUUCUGGGAGGACAACUCGACAGUCCAGCCGGAUCACUAUAACUGUGUAUCCUCAAAGCAACAGGAGGAGGAGAGAAGAAAGUGGUUCAGGAAAAGUGAGAGAAAGCAAAGAUCCCCUGGAGUCUGGUCCAAACAACAAUCGUCGCCCAACGAGAAGCAGACUCUGGGACCAUCCUGAGGAGGAUCUGCCCCUACUGGACUCUCCAUUAGAGGUGGACUCUGAAACUCCUGUUGCAGACGCCCUCAUCCAGAGACUCAAGGAUGAAGAGGAGAAACGGGAAGGUGUAAAGACUGAGAGAACCAGGAGGAGAAAUACCAAAUCAUCAGUGGAUCAGGUUUCAUCUCCUCCUCCUGUACCAGACGGCCCGGCACCUGAACCUGCAGCAGGUCAGUCCAGUCCAGGAGAAAACUCGUUCAUCUACUCGCCCUCCCGACAGCGACAAACAAGAGCUCGUAAAACAGAGUCUUCUUUGCCAAGCGAGGAGUCUGAGGCACCGGUCACCCGCAGCAGGAGUAGAGUCAAAGAUGCUUCUGUUCAGAAUAAAGCUUCCUCAGAAGAUGAUCGCGCUGAAGUGGAGAAGACAUCUACAAGCAGGAAAACAGCAAAAUCCAGAGCUGUUUCGGAGUCCGUUCCCAUCGCCGAGGUGGAUCUGAUCUCACCUCUGCCCAGCCCGGCUGAGCCGCGAGCACUGAGGAGGAUCACAGACGAAGCGCCGGUUCCGACCACCAGGAACCUUCGGCGCAAACGCGUCAUAGACAUCGUUUUCUCAAAGCCCGUCACCAGGAGGAGGAAACUUUGAGGAGGCUGGAGGUGGUAAUAACCAGUGAACCUCAGGCGGCUGCAUGGAGAUUUGAACCAAAUCAAGUCGAGAGCUGUCAAAUAAAAAGGAACGGCCUGAACUUAUGAUGGUUCUGCUUCUUGAAAUGCCUCAUUGUGCUGCAGUUUUUCUGAAAAACUUUCUCUACAAAGAGGAAAAUGGAAACGAUGGACGUGGGAAGGGUUAUUUUUGGGACAAAAACGGUAAAUUGAGUGUGAAGGAGGAUUUUAUUUUUGGAGUUUACAUUUCCUUCUCAUGCAAACUUGAUUUCACUUGAUAAGUGACCAUUUUAUCUUCUAACGCUUGAGCUCUGGACACUGAAAGGCACAAAGAAAAGCAAUCAAUGUGGAUUUUUAGAGGUUCCUAAUGAUGAACAGAACAGAUCUCAUAAAGAGGUUUUAUUCCCAUUCUAUUAUUUUAAGGCUUUCUUUUCUUGUUGCCGUUUUAAAAGUUCAAGACCUGCUGUUUUUCUAUUCAAGAGGAAAAAGGCAACCGGCUAGCAAGGAUCUAUUGCUACUGCUAGAUUUGUAUAUAGUCAUUUGUUAUGUUCCAAAUAAAGUUAAUAAUUAAAUCCUAAGGAAUUAAGUUUAUUUUGAAUUUGAAGUGUCUUGAAUGCAUUUGAUGAUCAUAUAAGAUUGCCUUUGCCAAAGUCUUAAAAUCUAAGAGGAUUUUGUGUGUAAAACUGCUGCUGUCGGCAGAUAUGGGAGAGAUGUAAAGGAGAAAAAAAUGCACAACAAUUUGCAGAUGUAAAAGUAGCUCGGGAGAUAUUAAUAGGUUUGUUAAAUGCAAUUUAUGGCAACAAGCAUCUGAUUCAGACUAUUUUCUGACUGAAUGUAUGUAGAAUGUCUUAUUUUUGUUGACUGCUAUUUGAUAAAUAUGGUUAAACUUAAAAA